AUGUAUACUGGUAAUAAAUUGAAUUUGCCCUUAACAGAAGAUAUUCAACGUACAUUCAUUGACUUUCAAAAUAAUGAAAUUAUUUCUUAUGUUGAUUAUUUUCCAGAGGAAAAACGAGGUCGAUGUCACAUUUAUUCAUAUCCAUCUUUUAUGCCAUAUUAUGGUGAUAUUACAAAUAAUUUUCCAGGUGGAUUAUUCAAUUAUGUUCGUGUAGUGUCAUUAUGUGAUGAAUAUCCUUUUGAACAUGAAUUUUUUCUUCGAAUUGUUCAAUCAUUUCCAUUUAUGGAAGAAUUAACUGUAAUUAAUCGUAAAGGACAAAAUGACAAACAAUCUUAUAAAUCAAACAAUGAUAGUCGAAUUUCAUCUGUUAUUAAAUAUUCUUUUCUUAAUGAACUUGAUCUUCUUAAUGUUCAUGAUGAUUAUAUAGAAGAAUUUCUCUUUGAUACUAAAACGUAUUUCCAAAAUAAUGUUCUUCUUCGUAUUAAAUGUGAAUCAUUACAACGAGUAACACACAAUUUUACAAGAGAUAUUACAAGAAUGAAUUGUACCAAAAUAAAUGAAUUAGAAUUAAGUGGUGAACCAAUAUGUUCCGAUUCUUUACAAGAAUAUUUUUCUUAUGCAAGAAUAAGUUAUCCAUUAAUAAUUUGA